CUCACAAUUAUUAGAGAUUUGUCGCAAGUUCCGAAUUAAAAAAAUUUGUACAAAAAAUAUAUAGGUACUUCACAAAAUUUCCGGGCGAGAGUGUGUGAAAAAUUUGUAUAAACUCAUCACGCGCGCAAAACAUACUCAAAUAAAUUGUUAAGUAAAAGAAGAGGCGUGAUCAUCCCAAAAGGAUUCUAAUACCUGUUUUUUUUUUUGUCACAUUAUGCCUAUAAAAAACCAUUUCAAGAAGUGCAUUAUGGUUUUAUGCUUGUUUUAUAAAAUUGUACCAAAAUCGAACCAGAUAAAUUAGCUCUAAGAUCUUUUAGUGGUAUAAUCGUGAUUCAACCAAUAACGAAUCAGUGUAAUAUCAUUGUUAAAAUAAUAUAAUACAUUCAACUAGCAUUAUACUCGUGAAUACAACCUAAAGCGGCCAUGUAUUACCAAGAGUUGUUCAUUUGAUUGCGUGAAACUGACUAGCGUUAAGGGCUGGGAAUUCGGUCCGGAUUUUUCGGUCAAACCGGAAACCGGGCAGUUUAAACCGUCCCGGUUGUAACCGGAAACCGGAUUCUCAUUAAUCCAAUCCAGUUUGCGGUCUGAGGUUGAGGGUAAAUAACCGCCCCGGUCCCGGUCCAGUUUUACCCGGUUUUAACCGGAAACCGGAUAACAGACCCAAACUAAGCCUGACCCAGUGAAGCCCAGCCCAAGCCACACCUCCUUACUGUGAAGCCUGAGACCCAUGCCCAAACCCAAGCCCGACCCAGUGAAGCCCAGCCCAACCUCUUUAGUUUUGAAGCCCGAAACCCAUAACCCCACCCACAACCCUAAUUCCUACAGCCGCCGCUCUCCUCUCCCUCUUCCUCUCUCGAUCUUAAACUCAAUCUCUCACCCCUCUCACCCACGGCGACGACGACGACGACCUCGGCUGUCUAAUCGUCGACUCUCACUCCAGAAGAAGAAGAAGAAGAAGAAGAAGAAGACGAGAGGAGAAGGACUCCGAAGACACAACCCGUCGACGAUUAUUGAUUCCCAUCUCGAGCUUUUCUCCGUCGGGUUCUGCAUGCGCCAAAUACACCGCCGAUCUAUCUCCUCCAAUCUUCCUCACACUCCGCCGCUUUCUUUUCUUGCUUCACCGCUUCCUCUUCUUCGUUCUCUCUCGAGACUAUGUUGGCGGAGGCGGCAAGUUGGUGAGUAGCUCUAUUGGGCUAUUGGCGGAGAUGAGGUCGACGAUGAAGGGGCAGGGGCAGUUCUGUUCGGAAAAAUUCAAGGACGGGAAGGAGCAGCUCUGUUGGCGGAGGCGAGAUCGACGAGGAUCCAGUGAUGACGGAGGUCGGAGAAGACAUGAAAAGAAGGGUUGAGAUUUUGGGAGGAAGAAAGAGAAGGAAAGUAAAUGAGGGUUGAGAGGGAUCUGGUGGGUUUCUCUGUGGGAUUGGAAAUGAAAGUGAGAAUUGGAGAUGGUUUUUCGGGAGAGAAGGAGGUGAAGAGCAGCUGUCGUUUUGGGAGAAAGGAAAAGUUCCGGUUUUUUGGUUGAAACCGGAUCGGACCGGAUUCAAUCCAGUCCGGUCACGGUUGAAACCGGCUCCCUAUCCAAUCCAAUUUCCGGUUGCUGUCUUGGUCGAAACGGUUUAAAAAAACCGGGUUAAUCCGGUCCAGUUUUAACCGGACCAAACCGUUUCCCACCCCUACUAGCGUUCAUAAUAUUUGUAUGCCAUAAUCUAGGCGGUAGAUGUUUUACAGUUCAAUUGGCGAUGAGAUUUAACAAUCCUUGGUUUGGUUUUAUCACAUACAAUUGAUUAAUUAGAAAAAAGAUCAGGUGUAUAACACCUUAAUUAGGUACACCUAAAAUGCAUAACUGGCACAUCUCAUUUGUUACAAUUUGAACUUGAUUUUUCCCCACUAGAAAGUCGUCGUGAACGCUUUUAAGUUUUAAUCCUCAGGUUUGUUUCCUAAAAACUCGACAUUAGUCAAGAAAAAAGCCAUUGACUAAUACUUAAAUAUCAACACCGGAUGCUAUACCAAGUUUUUUGGUUAUUACGCGUGAACAUCCCCACACAUACCGCUUAAGUGAUGGUGGAGCGAGACAAAAUCUUGGGGUUAACUUGUUUGAGCCCUCCACAAAACUUCUCAUUAAAUGUCACCAGGAAACAUUAUAGCAGGCCUUGGCGAGUCGAAUACGGGAUCUUGUUUACACCUAAAAUUAUUUUUGAUUCAAUUAAAUGCCGUAUUAAUGAGUUUCGACAUUUAAUUCGAUACGGCGGAUAAAAAACAGUGUCGUUUGGAGUUUAGCGGCAUCGCGGAGAGUUAAAACGACACUUCAAAGAAGCUCAACGGUACCGUGGCACUGGAAAUGACACUGUUUGCCGGAGAACAAGAGGUGUGCCGCAUGGUUAGUGUUGGUGUUGGAAAAGGAUUUUUAUUAUUUAUUCCUUGUCGGAAGGGGAGAAGCGAUACCGCGUGGAAGCAAGCGGCAUCGCGGAGAAGUAAAACGAUACCGCGGAUUUAAAAACGGUACCGAUGUGCUAGCAAACGACAGUGUUUAAAAUAUUUAAACAAUGUCGCGAAAGGAAAAGCAAACGAAGCCAUUUUGGGGAAGGAAACGAUACCGCGAGCAAGCCCAACGACACCGCAAGACGGAGAAAAACGGUACCGUUUGGUAGAGAACAAUGUCGCGGAAUGAAAAACGACAUUGUUU